AUGGGAAAGAACGUAUCUACACUAAUUCAACCACUUCCCCAGAAAUAUGAGGAUCCAGGGAUAUUUACAGUGUCAUGUGUUAUUGGGAGCUGUGUGUUUGAAGAUGCUAUGUUAGAUUUGGGUGCUUCAAUUAAUGUAAUGCUAAAAUCAGUGUUUCAAUCACUUGGAAUUGGGUUGUUACAACCUACGAGGGUGGUGGUUCAGUUGGCCAACUGUAGUUCUGCUCAUCCAGCUGGUUUGAUUGAGGAUGUCUUGGUUAAAACCUUCAAUAUUUUUGAUGCAAUUAAGUAUCCCAUGGAAGACCACUUUAUUCUUAGCAUUGAUUUAUUGGAUGAAAUGGAUUUCAUGGAUUUUCAUUCGGGUGUCUCUAAGUUUUAUGAGUUGGGAACUAAUUCUGAAGAUUCGGAUGAUGUUGAUGAAUUCGACGUGGAGAUACGCAAUAGGAGCGGGAAGGAAAACCUAGUAGUAGAUCAUCUAAGCAGGAUCGAGAGAGACUUUGAUGACACGCCCAUUGUUGAUGAUUUUCCAGAUGAGCAACUUUUAGCGUUGAAUGCUGAUUAUGUUUUCAAAUGGGUGGAGGUCAUUCCCAUCAGGACUGAUGAUUCUUUAGUUGUUGUUAAUUUUGCCAGGUCUCACAUAUUUUACAAAUUUAGAGUACCCAGGGUGAUCAUUAGUGAUCAAAGGUCUCAUUUUUACAAUAAACACAUGAAGGCUUUGUUAAGCAAAUAUGUGGUGUUCCAUCAAAUUUUGACCCCUUAUCACCCUCAAACAAAUGAGCAAGCUGAAGUGUCAAAUAGAGAGGCCAAGUUAAUUCUUAAAAAAACAGUGGGACCUGAUAGAAAGGAUUGGAGCAAGAGGCUUGAGGAUGCAUUAUGGGCUUAUUACACUUCUUUUAAGACACCUAUAAGAAUGUCUCCAUAUCGAAUUGUGUAUGGAAAAGUUUGCCAUUUACCAAUGGAGAUUGAACAUAGGGUCUAUUGGGUAGUAAAAGCUUACAACUUUGACACUAGCAUAGCUGGAAUUGAGAGGAAAUUGCAACUUUAG